CCCUCUUCAUUAACAUUUGUGCAGUAAUUAUGAAACACACAUUCCAGAGUUUCACCUGGAGCAAUAAGACAAUAAGACUUGUAUUUAUUCGUUCAAAUGAAAAAUGGCAUUUAGUACAGAUAGGAAAUAUCUGAAAAAAAGACAUCCAUCUAGAAGAAUGGAAAAUAGCCUGUGUUGCCCCAGCAUUUGAAACUUGAGCUGUUUUAUGUCAUUUAUUUUUGGAGCAGCAGCAUUGCAAAUUCAUUUAUCCAUCAGGUGAACACUGAUACCAAACAUCUCAAGUGGAGCAGUUUCUAUCCUGUUUGGGCUAAUUUGUAUAGCUGUAAUAUUUUUUGCCUUAAUUUCUUUUUUUUGUUCUUUUCCAAAGACGCUAUUCACGCUAUGAAGGAGUCAGUCAGAAUUGAUAGACGAGCCUCCAUUUGCACGACUCCUAUCUACAUGUUCCUUCUGCCAUAGAAUAAAUUUCACUGUGUACUGUUGUACCAGUAAACAAUCUGGUUACGAAAUGGCGGUUGGGAGCUGAGGCCCUUCCCUCUUUCUCCCGUCCUCUAUUGGAAAUGCUUUCUCUUUGGCCUGUAGGGGGAGAGCUUGGGAAGAAAAACAGCACCAAUUCAUAGCAAGUUUUUCAGAUAUUGAAAUGAUACAGCCAAGCUUUUUCUCCCUUACUUUGCUUUAAGAAAUAUAAUGCUGAGAUUACAAGAAUGAAACUGUAGUAGUCGGUUGUUCAUGAUGUGGAGAGAAAAGUUUAUCCCUGACAUGUCAGGGUCGGACUCCAUGGAAUGGAGUCUUCGAAGCUGAGAUGAGCCGUUGAGCUACAUUGAUGUCAUUAUUUAAGCAAUUGGAAUGGGCUGAUGAGGAAAGUUGAGGUCAAGUGUCAUACUGGAAAUGCCAGUGGUUAAAGUUGCAGAACAGCCGGCUGUUGGGGCAAAAACAGAGCAAUUAUUUACAUCAUUUUAGCAGACACUCUUAUCCAGAGUGAUAUUUUUUUUAACUUCAGUUUAUACACCUGAGCAAUUGAGGGUUAAGGGCCUUGCUCAGGGGCCUUGCAGUGGCAACUUGGUGGACCUGGGAUUCGAACCAAUGACCUUCCGAUCAGUAGUCGAACACCUUAACCACUGAGCUACCACAUCCCUUUUUUUGGGACACAAACCCAAUUCUUUCGGUUUGUGUAUGUUAUGGAACUAAAGUGUGGACUUGCUGCCACUUACCGGAUGUCAGAUUCUGAAGUUCUAGACAUAUUGGUUACUUCUGUAAUCCAUAUAUGUCUUUAAAACUUGAUUACAAACAUCACAUUUGUUUUCACCCCAAACAGAAUUCACGUUAUGACUGGUUCAGUGCUUUGUAUAGUCUGAAGGACCAUGUUUGAAAAUAUCAUUACAUCUUCAAGAUUGCAUUUGUUUUUGUGCAAAUCAAAACAGUCUGGCAGGUCACUGGUGAAAUCUUUGGACCAGAAACAAUAGAAAAGUGCUUUUCUGGACUGAUGGUACUAAUUAAAAGUGCAAAUCCUCUUUUCCCACAGGACAUACUGGAAUCUUUUUCCAAAUGUCAGAUACAACAGGACAUAUAGGCUGUUACCCAGGGUUUUUUCUACUGGUUAUUUUCCUGAAGGUAAUAUACGGUGUAAUCAAUCCACGUGUGCAUAUGCAGAGUACAUAUAAAUCCCUGACAUGUCCAAUUCAGCAGGGACUGAAAUCCCAGUGUUACUCUGGUGAUAAUGACAUUACACCAUCUUCCUUUGUUAAACUAAUCCAGUCUGAAUAGAAUUACAGUUCAACACGGAUUUUUUCACUGUUCUGUUUUUGAAUAGGAGUAAUGCGGGUUGUUAUAUGUACGGGAUGCAGUAUGUAUGUUGGAGAACGGGAAGCCAACAAGGUUGCUGUUUAAAUUCAAGUGUUUUGCAAAUCAGUAGUAUUAAAUGACGGUACCAACUAGCACCGAGUGUUUCAGAUGCUUUUAGGGGUUGAUUUCCAGCGCUUUUUUUUUUUUUUGGUGUUAUACAUUUUUUGUAAUAUGAGAUUAAUCAACAGACCUUUUGGUGUAAGCAACAUCUUGACUCAGACAGAACAGAGAUAGACAGCCUUAUCCAAAAAUAAAAAGUUUGCCAACACUUUGGGUUUUGUGGAAAAACAACGGCGUGUCCAUGUUCACAAGUCUCGAUUAUAGAGGAAGGACAUCAUGUCACUGGAUGGUAGAUUUUGCUGAAAGAGAGACUUCUUUUGAAGUCACUGCUGCACCCUUUGCUCAGAAAUGCUCAACGGUUCACUAUGACUGCUUCUCACAACGUUGUUUUUGGUUCUGAUGGACCAGAACCUCUCAGGCUUGGCUAGGUGUGGGGGGACUCUUAUUAUGAAGUGGCUCCCCUUGUGGCGAGAGAGGGAAACAGAAAGAAUGAUCGACCUUUUGUUGAGUGAGCAGCUCCAACGAACGGCAGCCAUUUUCUGUGUCUUGUGGAAGGCAGCCAGCGUAGCUGCCAAUCAGAUGAGGAGGUUCUGGGGAGCAAAGGCACGGCUGGGGGAGGGGCAGGCAGAGGAAGAGCCUGGAUUUUGCUGUAAUUACUACACCUUCUGACCUCCUUCCUUUGAGCAUGGCUGCUGAAAAUCACUACAUUAGAUGUUGAAGGCUGGCAAAGGCCAUGCAUUCUCUCUUUGCUCAAUGGUCCUGGACUGAUCAGUGAACUCAGAGACUAUAGAUGUGCUUGCACCAUUUGACUGCCAUUCUAGAGGGAACAAACCAUGCUCUGUGUUGAGAAGGCCGGCUAAGGCAGAAUCAUUUCUGAGCCUUGACACGACAGACUUCUUUGCCUCUUGUGCAUUAGAUGCCCUACCUUUUUAGGUUGUUUGGGCAAGGCAAUUUCAGCGUCACGGCAUCUCAGCAGGACAUGUGUUGUUUUAAUUAGAUCUUUGUUCACGGUUAUCUGCAUGUCUUUCACCUUUGUUGAGAGAUAUUCACAUUGAGGCAUCAAGGGGUUCAAUGCUGUUUGUGUGUUUGAGACUUUUGAUCUUGAUUCAGAGAACACUGAUUUAGAAGAGCCGAUUUUCUGGUCAAAGGCCUUGUACAUCGCAUCUGAAAAAAGGAGCUAUUUGUUGUAAUAGUGCUGGUUUUGACAUUUGUGCAUUCAGGACUUUAUGCAGGAACCAAACCAGCUUUGGAGAUGAGGCACUUCCUCGGUGCAAGGUUGACUGAGCAGCUGGGACUCUGUACAGUAACUGGGCCAAAGGCCAAAUGCAAUUAUUUAAUACAACAGGGGUGACUAAAAGAGAGCAAAUGUGCAUGUGAGGAAGGUAGGAUGAAACCAACGGUAACUUGAGAGACGUUAAUGACGGGUUUGAUGAGAUCUGGUUUUAGCAGCAUGUCUUCACUUUCUUUUUGCGCAUGUUUCAGUAGGAAACAGACAGAAAAGACGGCUAAUCGAGCAAAUAUCUCGUUCCUGUUUUUUCCAUUCACAUGGAAUUGGGACUGAGGUUCUUGAUUAAUUCUUUUGGACUGAACAAAUCUCUCAUGAUCAUUUGCACUCAAUAUAUUGCUUAAUAACCCAGAUGUGAAAAGAUUCACUAUUCCAGUAGAGUCUUUGCCAGCCAACCCUGUUGUGUUGUUGUGUUGAGACACAUUCCCAAAGGCCUGCUGGUCUGAUAAAAGGGAUUACAGGGAAGAGAGAACUAAUGAAGACUGACAGUAUGAAAGACACGCACAGCAAAGCAGAAGAAGGGCUUGAAGAGCCCUCGAUCAAGCAAGCAGAACCUUUCAAAACAGCAGAAGAGCUGAAUGGGACCUUUAAGAGCACAGAACCGGACAAAGAUCAGCAGGACCUUGAUGUCCAAAGGUCAUCCACCCAAUCGCACACCAUGGAGAAUGGACUUUCAGAAACUGAUCCUCCUCACGGCUCUACAGUGGGCAGUAAUGGAUAUAUUCUCAGUAAACCCCAGGACGACUCUCCUGCUACGCAACACAGGACUACCUGGUCCCCUAAGGGAACCUCACCCAUAGGGUACGCAGCAAAAACACUCCCUCUUUCAGCUACAUCCCAAACCCAGGGCCAGGGAGCUUUAAGGACUAAUGCAAGCACAGGGCCCAGUCUGGCAGAGGGGCGGUUGGAAAAUGAGACUAAAAACGGCACUGCUACGAACACGCCUCCACGUGUGACAGUACACAGAGCACGCAAGACCAUGUCCAGGCCAGCCUCUAAUCACGCACUAAAGGUUUUAAACAGGGAAAUAAAAGAGCCGAGCGUGGUGAAAGGUGAGAGUGUGGACCGAUCAGAAGCUCAGCCACCUGCGCAGGCUAAUCCCACUCAGAACCAGCUACCUCAGAAGCAAACUGAUGCCACACCAGCACCAGUCGCCACACCAGCCAAGCCACACACAGCAUCUGUGUUGAGGAAAAAGAAGAGAAAGAUGGGAACAUACAGCCUUGUUCCCAAGAAGAAGACCAAAGUGCUAAAGCAGCGCACAGUGCUGGAAAUGUUCCAGCGUGUGCCCCAGUCUCCACCCACUCCUCAGGUCUCUUUCCAAUCGUGUUCUCUGCAUCAGCCAAAAGAGGCCAUGCAGGUUAACGGUGAACGGGCAGAGAACGAGUCUGACGAAUCAGAGUCAGAAGACGAAUCCGAAGAUGAAGAAGACACGGUUGGAAAAGAAGAAACAGCUGAAGCAUCCCAGGAGGACAGCAGACUGGAAUCAAUCCCACAGCUUGGCGAAGAGCACGAGUCUGAAGAGACUGCAGAAGAAGAAGGGGAAGAAGAGCAAGAUGAGUCAGAUUUGAGUUCUGAAUCCAGCUUAAAGAAGAAGGUGAAAAAGAAGGCCAGAUCAGACAGCCCUUGGCUCCGGCCUGCUAGAAAACGUAAAAAGAAGUUGAAGACAAAAUCAAUGGAUAUUUCAGGUAUGAAUGACCAGACUCGGUUUGAGAUUCCAGAGCAAACUCCUGCUCCUCUUCCUGCCCCUGCUGACCAAGAAAAAGAGUACACAGAGGUUCCGUUAGAGUCGCUUAACCUCAAAGCCCAGGAUGCCUUGCUGAAAUCCGAAAGCAAGGAAGUUGAAAAUACUGUUACGAUUUUUAGAUAUUGUUCCUGUGCUGACGAUGACUCAUCAAUGGAGUGCUCUCAGUACAACAAAGAUGAAAGGAUGCCCCCUGGUGGUGAAUUGUCUAGCACAGCUCAGAGUUCAGCGGCGGACAUGGUACAGGAGCUUCCGCUGUGUAGCUGCCGCAUCGAGACACCCAAGAGCCGAGAGAUCCUCACACUGGCUGACAGGAAGUGUAUGGCCACAGAGAGUGUGGAUGGACAGCUGAGUCGGUGUCAAAGUGCAGUUCUGAAGCACGAGAUGAUGAGGCCGUCAAACUCGGUGCAGCUGCUGGUGCUGUGUGAGGAGCAUCGCACAGGAAUGAUCAAACAUCAGUGCUGCCCUGGCUGUGGCUACUUCUGUAGGGCGGGAACCUUCAUGGAGUGCCAACCAGAGGUGAACAUCUCUCACCGCUUUCACCGGCACUGCGCAUCAGUACUGAAAGGUCAGAGCUUCUGUCCACACUGCGGUGAGGAGGUCAGCAAAGCCAAAGAGGUCACCAUCGCUAAAGCAGACACCACCUCUACAGUGCCACAGAGCCAGAGCCCGAGCACCCCGGCAACUUCGGAGGGCAAAGCAGACACCACCACUGGAGGGUUGUCUCUCCUUUCGUUAUCGGGAGAAGGGAGCGUAGACAGCACUUUAUCUAGACCUUCUGAAGCUGGGAAUGAAUUACUUGCCCUCGAAGCCAGCAGGCCAGAGCACAUAGGAGCUGGGGCUGGACCCUCUAUAGCACCGCCUAAGGAGACUCUGGAAACCAUUUUGUUGGCACUGGAUGCAGAGAAGCCCAAGAAGCUUCGCUUUCAUCCUAAACAGCUGUAUAUCUCUGCUAAGCAGGGGGAACUGCAGAAAGUCUUAAUGAUGCUUGUGGAUGGAAUUGACCCAAACUUUAAGAUGGAGAGCCAGAGCAAACGUACGCCUCUCCAUGUAGCAGCUGAGGCUGGACAUCAGGAGGUCUGCCACAUGUUGGUCCAGGCCGGUGCAAACCUGGACAUAUGUGAUGAGGACCAGCGCACACCUCUGAUGGAGGCUUGUGAGAACAAUCAGCUGGAUACAGUACGCUACCUAUUGAGAGCUGGAGCCAUCGUCUCCAACAAGGAUGCUGAAGGCUCUACGUGUCUCCACCUUGCUGCUAAAGCUGGACAUUACAAUAUUGUAAAACACUUGCUGUUUACAGGCCUUGUGGACAUAAACUGUCAGGAUGACGGUGGCUGGACUUCUAUGAUUUGGGCGACAGAGUACAAACACGUUGAACUGGUCAAGCUGCUGCUAUCGAAUUGUGCCGAUCCCAACAUCAGAGACAAGGAGGAGAACAUCUGUCUGCACUGGGCUGCUUUCUCUGGCUGUGUGGAGAUCGCUGAUGUUCUUCUGAGUGCCAAGUGUGAUCUUAACACCGUUAAUGUGCAUGGAGACUCACCACUGCACAUCGCAUCACGGGAAAACCGGGUGGAUUGUGUCUCGUUGUUUCUGUUGCGGGGUGCUGACGCCAACCUAAAGAACAGGGAAGGAGACUCGCCACUAGAGUGCUGCAGCCAGAACUCCAAGGUGUGGAACGCUUUGCAAGCCAGCAAGAGGCAGAAGGAGGCAAGCGGUCAAGGACAUACCUCAGGAGAAAAGCUCCUCAACAGGGAUAUAUCGCGAGGUUAUGAGAAAGUACCUGUGCCAUGUGUGAAUGCUGUGGACAGUGAGCCCUGCCCCAAUGACUACAAAUACGUGCCUGAUAGCUGUGUCACCUCACCCAUAAACAUUGACAAAAACAUCACCCACUUACAGUACUGCGUCUGCAAAGACGACUGCUCCUCGGCCAGCUGCAUGUGCGGUCAGCUCAGCCUGCGCUGCUGGUAUGACAAGGAGAGCCGCCUACUGCCAGAGUUCUGCUCCGAAGAGCCACCUUUCAUUUUCGAGUGCAACCAUGCCUGUUCCUGCUGGAGAACCUGCAAGAACCGCGUCGUUCAAAACGGACUACGGAUUCGACUGCAGCUGUUCAGGACUCAAAAAAUGGGCUGGGGUGUUCGGACAUUACAGGACAUCCCUCGAGGAACCUUCGUCUGCGAAUACGUUGGGGAAAUCAUCUCGGACGCAGAAGCCGAUGUCAGGGAGAUUGAUUCCUACCUUUUCAGCUUGGACAGCAAGGUUGGUGAUAUGUAUUGUAUAGACGCCCGUUUCUAUGGAAACAUCAGCCGGUUCAUAAACCACCACUGCGAGCCCAACCUGUUCCCCUGCCGAGUGUUCACCUCCCACCAAGACCUUCGCUUCCCGCACAUCGCGUUCUUCGCAAGCAAGAACAUCAGUGCCGGAGACGAGCUAGGGUUUGAUUAUGGAGACCACUUCUGGGACGUGAAGGGCAAACUGUUCAGCUGCCAAUGCGGCUCGUCUAAGUGUAAGCGCUCGGUGGUUGCGAUCGCUCAGCAGCAGGCAGACAGCACACCAGAAGAACAGCAGGCCACCACCCUUCCAGAUACCAGCUCGUCUACCACACCACCCAGCCCCACCUGAGCCUUGACAUGCUCCUGCACUUAUCCUCCAUCUACCAGCCAUCACCAGCGCGCACACACACCUCAGCAGGGGAAUCCUAGCAGAGAGGCAGCCUGGACCACUGGCCUUUAUUGGCUUUGACGCUCUUGGUUUUAACUCAGUAGAUGAAGGGUUAUGCACAUGUACAGAUAUUUCUUGUUAACGAAGAAUAAAACGGCGCUGUAGCGCGUCGGCUCUCAGAAAGCCGAGGUCGUGCUCCAAGGCCGUCCUCGAGCCCGCUGCAGGAUUGUGCAUGACUCCGUGUCCUUUGAAGAACGUGCAGAAGAUGAUGUUUUAACCAACGUUACAGACAUCCAGGCACAAUGCAAAAGCCGUGAUAUGUUUACUUUUUAUUUUAUUCCCGAUAUGAGAUGCACACCUACAUUUUCUCAAGGACUUCGUUCUGCAGGAACUUAUGAUGACGUGUUUAGAAUUUCCAAAUGACAAUAUUUGAUCAUUUAAAAAACGUUUUUCCUUUUUUUUUUUUUCUUUUUAAAUUUCCCCAAAUAAAUGUGUUGUAUUUUCAAAAGAGCUGGAUGUGUGAUGAACAUAUGCCCUUUUUUUUUUUUUAUUUGACUCAUUGUGAGCGUCUGUUUGUGUUGUUAAAUUCUAAUCGGUGCUGGACGUUAUUUAUUUGCCAGUGUUUGUCAAUCAAUUCCCAUCUGCUGGAUGUAUUCUCGUAAUCCUGCACAGACCGUGGGAGGGAUUGCGAGCCUCAGAGACAAACUGCCCAUUUUGAGCUGGCUCCUGCAUGAUGCUGAUUUAAAACCGAAAAGCUUCUUACGCUGUUCCAUUGCUGUGAAACUGUAACUUGAUCAUGAGAGGACGUCUGACUGACCCUACUUUACGACUUCCAGGAGUGGACAAACUCAUCUCAGAGGCGACGCUCUUUCUUUCCUUCAUGAUAACCAUGUCAAAAUUUUUAACAUUAGUCUGGUAGGAAUUGCAGAUAUGGAAUUUGUAGUUACCGAAUACUGCAAAUGGUGCUGAACAAAGAUUUUGUUUGUUUUUAUUUUUUUAUAACUCAAUGUGAGAAUACACAUUCUGAACUAAGAUUAACCAGUAAUGUUUUUUUUUUUUGUUCUGUUAACUUUUAUUACAUUUACCUCCGGUUUUCUAACUGUAGAUAACGUCGUUAGCCUGUACCCAUUUUGUUACGUUGAAUGAUUUCAUAUUGAUGGUGAAGCUAUGUCUUUUUUUAAUGUUGAUAGUAUAGUCACACAACCGUUGUGCUCAUUCUGCCAUGUAGAUCCAAAACACUGCAAAAUGAAAAAAAA